AUGCCUAUAAAGAGACACCAAUGGGGGUCUCAUACUAGACAAUAUAUUGAAGAAUUGAAAAUUAAUCCACAGUCAAAAGAUGCAGUUAUUACUAUUCAUGGUGGUGGUUGGGUGAGCCAUCAAGAAGCUGCUAAAGAUUAUUUUGAAAUGUCAAAUACUGUGGAUUUUGAUGCUAAUUUCUUUGGUGUUGAUUAUAGAUUAUCAGCUUCAAGUUUUGAAGGAUAUGUUUUACCAGAUCCAAUAGAUUCUUAUGUUAAGGCUCCAUAUCAUCUGUUAGACAUUUUACAUGGUAUUGAAUUCAUUUUUGAUAAUUAUGAGAUUGAAAGAGUACAUUUGAUUGGUCAUUCAGUUGGUGGUUGCACUGCUUUACAAAUUCAAGAUUUUGCUUCUUUGAUUCCUCAUGGUUUACAACAAUUAGUUAAACAUGGUGUGAUUACUGAAAGUGAAGAAAAGAAACAAUUGAAAUUUGUUGAAGAAACCUUGAAAAAAUGGUCAAAAGUUGAAUUACUAAAUGUUAUUUAUUUAUCGGGUGUUUAUGAUUUCCCAUUAGCUUUAUCAAAAGUUGCUUCACUUGGUCCACCAAAAGGAAUCUUGGACAAUUAUAUAUACAUUAAUGAUGCUUUUGUUUCUGAAGAACAUUAUACCCAAGGUUGUACCAUUACAUCUACAAUUCUGAAUCCUCCAUUAGACACUUUGAAAGCAAAGGGGAAACAUGUUAUUAUUCACUCUUUUGAAGAUGAGUUUGUUGAGUCUUUUCAACCUUUAGGACUUGCUAAUUUUUUUUACAAAUUAAAUGUACCAGUUGAAGUGUAUAUCGAUGACUUUGAUCUGCAUCACAAGAUCUUGCUAAAUGGAAAGGCUUUCAAGAUAAUUGAGAGAAUUUUAAAUGAUCAUUGA